AUGAAGGUCGCCCGCGUCACCACCUGGGGAAACCCUCCCGAGUACAUGGAUGUUCCAGAACUUCCACCCCCUUCAUCCAAUGAGCUUCAAGUCAAAGUCUUGGCCGCUGGAGUGCCUCGGGUGGUCCAAAACCGGGCGUCAGGCAAACACCCCAGCGCAUUCAACUCGCCGCUGCCUUAUGAUCCCAGCAUCGAUGGUGUGGGACUCGAUGAAGCCACAGGAGACAUGUACUUUAUCAGCAGUCUCGCGGCUCCCGUCUUUUGCGAACGCGCCAAUGUCGACAAGGCUCAGCUCAUCAAGCUGGAUGCGGGCGUUGACCCCGUAACCAUUGCUGCACUCGCCAAUCCUACGAUGAGUAGCUGGCUUGCGCUGAAGUGUCGUGCCAUUGGAGGCUGCGAGGGCCGAACGGUUGUCAUCAUUGGAGCUACCAGCGCUAGCGGUAGAGCUGCUGCAUUUGUGGCUCGUGAGCUGGGCGCCGCUCGUGUCGUGGGAAUUUCUCGCACCGAAGAAACCCUUGCUACAGUUGAGGGCCUCGACGAACGCAUUGUGAUGCAAACCCCUCUGUCUAUCCCUCCUAGCGUUGGCCCCAUCGACAUUGUACUCGAUUACGUCGGAGGAUCUGCUGGUGUCGAGGUGAUGAAGGCUGCCGAGAUUAAACGCGGUGAGAACCUGCAGUAUAUCCAGAUUGGCGGCCUGAGCGGCGAGCAAAACAUGAUCCUGCCAGGCCGUUUACUCAAUGUCAAGCCUAUUCGUGUCAUGGCGUCUGGCAUUGGAAGCGUCAGCAAGCAAGAGUUGAAGAGGGAGAUCCCUGGGCUGGUGGAUGCCCUCUGCCGGAUGAAGCGACCCUUUGAGACCCAUGCUUUCCCUAUGUCGGAUGUGCAGAAGGUCUGGGAGUCUGAGGAGGCGAAUACGAAGAGGCUUGUUCUAGUCCCAUAA